AUGUCCGACGACGUUGAAAAGCUCGCUCUUGGGUUCGCAAAAGUGCUCUAUGCGAACAACACAAUAGGGACGUUGGCCACAGGGAUACAGAUUUUCAUGUUUCUGUAUUCCCUUUCCGUCUUCCUCGAGACGCCUCGCCACCUUCAAAAGGGCCGCAUCCCCUACAUGAUCAUAAGCUUCAUUAUUUUGGCCAUAUCGAUAAUUGGGACCUGUAUAGGCGCCAAUAUCCAAUUCAACAGCUAUUACCACGCGACCAGUGGACUGGAAUUCUUCCAAAUCCACGGGAAGAUGUUCUUUGAAGCUCCGAGUAUAGCUGGCUUCUGGCUGGUAUACCUCAACAUCGCGAUAGCCGAUGGUUUAUUGCUCUACCGCUGUUACAUCAUCUGGAAAGACAAGCUAUGGGUAUUGGCGCUCCCAGCCUUCGUUUAUCUCUCGUCAACAGCUACGAACAUUUUCUACGUGGUUCACCUUCCUCGCAUCAAGAAUGACCCUGUGGCUCGUGAAAACGACGCCCGAAUCUACCUGGCAGUCAUCUUGCUGACGACUAUCUUCAACAUUCUGGCUACCUCGCUCAUCGCCUUCCGCCUCUUCCGCGCUCACCGAAAUUUCAGUGCUGUCCUUCCCGGUCGCAAUAUGCGAGUCUACAAAGGAGCUGCUACGAUCAUUAUUGAGUCCGCGCUCACGUUGACGAUACCGGGAAUCGCGUCAGCAAUCAUCACGAUUAUCAACGUCGCCAGCCCUGAGACUGCUAUUCCGAGAAAUCUGGCCGACGUGGGGGUCAUAGUCGACGCCUUUUACGGAAACUUUGUGUCCCUCGCACCCCAGAUGAUUAUUUUCAGGGUUACGAUUGGUCGUUCGUUCGUCCGACACGAUGAAACGCUUGCCCAUGCGCCCAAUUCGAUGAUUUCCCAACCGCUUGCCUUCAACCAUGGUCAUGACGAGUCGUAUAUUGAAUCCUCCACGCAACCAGGUCAGAGUGGGGAAAAGACAAUGACCGAGUCAGCAUAA